AUGGCAAGCACACCUCUACCGGAUCACAUACAACCCACCUUCGUGGACGAGAUCCUCAAGCCAAUAGAAAGCAGGAUUUCCGAACUCCUCGACGAGUUCUGUCCCGUCAAUCAGGGAACCGAGAGGCUGAACGACGUCAAGAAGCUGGUGGUCAGCUACACAGUUCUCCAAAUCCUCACGCAAACCUUCGACCCCAACCUCUAUGUCACGCCUCGCCCGGAAGACCUGGCUCACGCCGAAGCCUGGGUAGAAAACUACUGCCGCGAUUCGUCCAUCUACUCUGGCGGCGAGCCACCACAGAACCCGGGCUUCGCCGGCGACGGCAAGGAGUUCUACUCGACACUUACGCACAUCUUGGCUGAUAUCGUGCCCGCUCUCAACUCGCAGGCGCUUUCCUCGCGCUACUACGGAUUCGUGACAGGGGGUGUCCAUCCCGUGGCGCAGGCUGCCGAUAAUGUGGUUACGGCACUGGAUCAGAAUGUCCAGGUUCACAUGCCUUCGACUCAUUCCAUAAGCACCGUUGUGGAGCAUCACGCUCUUUCGAUGCUCCGCUCGCUCUUGGAUUUGGAUGGGUUCCAUGGUAAGACUUUCACGACUGGAGCAACGGCAAGCAAUAUCAUGGGCCUUGCAUGCGGUCGGGAGGCGGUCAUCUCGGCAAGGCUGCCCGACUACGCAAAAAAUACCGGAGGGGUAGGCGAGUUGGGGCUCUUGGCUGCGUGUAUGGCGGCGGGCGUAAAGGAAGUACAGGUCUUGACGAGCAAGGGCCACUCAUCCCUUUACAAGGCGGCGAGUGUCGUGGGGUUGGGGAGAGCGGCGGUUAGGGAUUUGGGGCUCGCGGAUGCCCCUUGGUUAUUGGACUUGAAAGCCGUGGAGCGGGAAUUGAAGCGCGAGGAUGUGGCGAACAUUAUCGUGGUGAGCGCCGGAGAGGUAAACACCGGGCAUUUUGGGACGACUGGCGAAACCAUGAAAGAGCUGAGGCAGUUGGCCGAUCGAUACAAGGCGUGGAUCCACGUUGAUGGAGCCUUCGGCAUAUUUGCUCGCGCCCUUCCCAAGACUGAGAGGUUCGCCAAACUGUUUGAGAGGACUGCUGGCUUGGAGUUGGCGGACAGUAUAGCUGCUGAUGGUCACAAGUUGCUAAACGUGCCCUAUGAUAACGGCAUCUUCUUCUGCAGCAGUCCGGAAGUUAUGAGCCAUGUCUUCCAAAACCCUAACGCGGCAUACCUAGCGCCAGUAGCAUUAACGUCAAGAUCUGGUACCACCACCGACAUUCAAAGCCCCUUACACGUAGGCCUUGAAAACUCGCGACGGUUCCGUGCCCUUCCUGUAUAUGCUCUACUCGUGCAUCUCGGCCGCGACAACAUGGGCGAAAUGCUGGCCAGGAUGGUCGACCUAGCGCGAAGAAUUGCCGCCUUCAUCCGGGACUCGGACAAGUACGAUUUGCUGCCCGAUGAAACAGCUGAUAUCGAAUGCACGCACAUCAUCGUCUUGUUCAAGGCAAAGAAUCCCGACCUUAAUGAGGCCUUGGUAGGGAAAAUCAAUGAGACAAGGAGGAUGUAUGAAGUUGGAGGGUUGAUGUUGAAGAAGAUCUGGCGGCUG